AUGGCUCCUUCGACUCUUCUGACCGACCUUGUCGGAGUCACUCCUCAUCCAUCAGCAUCCGAUAUAUCCAUUUCGAAACCCCUCUGGGUGCCUUCAGGAGCGAGAGGAGUAUUUGGUGGACAAGUAAUCGCUCAGUCUUUAGCUGCUUCAGCUAGGACUAUCUCUUCACCUUUGGGUCUUCACAGUAUGCAUUGCUACUUUCUUCUACCGGCAUUCUCGAAUCCAGAUAUCGAAUAUAGAGUCGAAAGAUUAAGGGAUGGGAAAAGUUACUCAAAUCGAUUAGUCAGGGCAUGGCAAGGUGAAAGAGAAGUUUUCGUUUUACUUGCGAGUUACACAUCACCUCCUACACCUUUGCCUAAAAACUUCGGUUCUAUACCUCAAAAUAGCUCAUCAUCCACAAAAGAAGGAGGGAACAAUGCGAAAAUGUCCAAUUCUUUACGGUUCGCCUUGCCUCAAUCCGCUUCCCAGUCAAUUAAGGAUAUAACCAACUCCACUCGACAGGGAGUUCAACCGAAAUAUCAGGCUCCCUUUCCAGCCAAUCUCAGACCAUGGAAAGAAUGUUAUACCGAGGAGAGUAGGUGGCAGAAAUUCUUCGAUGAGAGAGCGGCAAACUGGACUGGAGCAAGGAAGAAGUUUUUGACUGAAUAUAUCAGGGAACGAAGAGAAUCUCCCGUGGGUAUAGCCAGAGCAAGAUAUAGGUCUUUAGAGGAAUCACAAUACGAAGAAGCAGAGGACGGGGCUCAUCAUACCCGGCUCAGUUGGCUACAUGCCCGUUUAGGGCCUGAUGAAAAGCCAGACAUAGAGACGGUCAAAGCUAUGAUAGCGUACAUGACAGAUUUUCAAUUCAUCGGUACGGCCUCUCGAGCAGUGGGAUUGAAUCAAAGUUCGAUACCGCGAAUAGGAAUGCUAGCCUCUUUGGACCAUUCAAUACAUUUCUACCCCUUCCCGGAAAAUUUUGAUCCUUCGGCGCCUCUAUUACACGUAAUGGAAGCUCAAAGUGUGGAUGUAGCUAGUGGACGAGGUAUGUUGCAGGGCAGGGUGUACACACAAGAAGGAGAUUUGAUAGCUGUUACGGCUCAGGAAGGCGUAGUGAGGGCUGAUUUGAAAGGACUAGAAGCGAAAGGUCUCGUUGAGGGAGGAGUUGUCGGCGAGGAUAACGGAGCCAAGCAGAGGAAAGCAAAAUUAUAA